GGAAAUAAUAAACCUUAUUUCUAACAAAUGAAAUGCUAUCAAUAUCAAGCUGGUCAAGACUAUAAUUUGCAAAGGUAUAAAUUUUCGUCAAUAAUGUCUGUCCUCUGUAUGUGUCGUUUGUUUCUUUUGACUAUGGUUAUUUUUGUGAUGUUGGCAUUUUCGGCUUUAAACUUUACACUGACAAGUGACAUUUCUCUGCUGAUGUUUACAAAUUCGAAAUUAAAGUCGUUGUGCACAUAACUUCUACGAAAUAAGUGAUUUACCUAAUAAUAAUUAUAUCGCAACAGAUUAUCAUGACUACACUAGGGAAUACAAGUCAAAUAACGCAGCAGCUACAACAAGAUUUACAAAAUGAACUUACAACUGCUAAUCAACUGCUCAGACUAAUGUAUAGAGCGUCGGGCGCCACGAGAGGCUGCCUGCGGCUAGUACGGACUACGACCUCACACUGGGAGUGCGGGUCGGCGCGGGCCGCCAGCCGCCAGCCGAGCCUCGCACUCGCUCCCUCCUGUAAUCAAGUGGCGGGCGCCGCGGGGGACGGACGGAUCGACGCGCGUAUGUGCCGCGCACCGCUCGCCGUCCGCUACAUCAUCUGUCUAAUCUCCUCACGAUCGCUUUAACCCUAUCGAUAAUGCUGACAGAACUAUCUCUGACAUGCUAAUUUAAUAAGGAAAAUAGAACUACAAUGAGUAAUAUGUUUUAUUCGAUGCAAGGAUUAAAUUGCUGUUUACAUUAUUCCUGA